GGGCUGAUAGGAAAUAAAAAUUGCAUUGGGUUGAGUGGUCACAAAUGGCACAUCCUAAUAAUAAAUGAAUUUUAAGUCCUCCCAGUUGGCUUCUGCUUCUGCUGAUGCUCUUUAACACCGCCCCCCAUACCUGUAAUCCAAUACAAAAUGUCUCCUCCUCCUCUGCAUAUGCAAGGAGUGAGUAGGUACAUAUAAUAUACAAAUACCAUAGGAAAAGAAAACUAUAAUGGAUGAGUAGGAGUACCAACAUUGGGUGCUUUCUUCUCGUUUCAAACAAUUGAUUGGUCUCAGAUAAGAGUUGGUAGAGGCUUAUCAUUCUGCCUUGCCCUUUACUUUUGUUUACCGCUUCCAUUUUUUGUGCUGGAGCUUAUCAUCAGGUUAGAAGAAGCAGCAUUGUUCAGCAUUCAUAUAGGUUUUGUCCAGAUCUGAGAAAACCCAACAAAAUUCUGCUCUGUUUCCACCUGAUUGGAGGGUCAGCACUAGAAUGUGUUUAGGCGAGGAGCAUCGGAGCGAGCCCAUUUCAUGUUUUCCAGAUACCCAACAUUAAGAAUAGGAUGAAUCAGCAGAGGACAAGUAUGAGUGAUAUGGAGGAAUUCCUGCGGAACUUGGGACGUUUUAGGCUGGUGUUAGUGGUUAUGGUUGUGGUUGCGUUUGUGAGUGAGAGCAAGGGUGAACCCACAGGGGAUAAGCAAGCGUUGCUGGAUUUCUUAAACAAAGUUCCUCAUGGGAGAAAGCUCAACUGGCAAGCCAAUAGCUCUGCGUGCAACAAUUGGGUAGGAAUAGCCUGCAAUUCAAAUCAAGAUCGGAUCUUGGCUGUUCGGUUGCCGGGUGUUGGGCUGUACGGAGAGAUUCCUUCGGGCACUCUGGGGAAACUGACGGAGCUGAGAGUGUUGAGUCUAAGGGCCAAUCGACUUUCUGGCUCAUUGCCUCCAGACUUUGCAAACUUGAAGCAGCUGAGCUUCGUAUAUCUGCAGGGCAACAAUCUUUCUGGUCCCUUGCCCCGUGCUUUAACUUCUCUGGUAAGCUUGCAAGUUCUUGAUCUCUCUUUUAAUCGGUUUAGUGGCGUCAUACCGAUUUCCUUCAACCGUCUUACACAGCUUACAGUUUUGUAUUUGCAAAACAACUCUCUUACAGGCACUAUUGCCAAUCUCAGUCUCCCUGCUAUAGCGACGAUUAGUGUGGCUAAUAACCAUUUGAAUGGUUCAAUACCCAAAUCUUUGCAGAAUUUUCCCAAAUCAUCAUUCCAAGGGAAUGAUAACCUUUGUGGUACUCCAUUGGCUCAGUGUUUACCAUUGUUUCCAUCUCCAACUCCUCCAUCUGAAUCACCUGCAUUGUCCCCUCAUGUUAACCCUACAAAUAGAAAAUCAAAGAAAAUUACUACAGGAGCACUUGUAGCAAUAGCAAUAGCUGGUAGUAGUUUGGUAUUUGUGAUCUGUGUUGCUCUCUUGCUUUGUUUGUUGAGGAAGCAGCGGUCUGGAUCCUCAAAUAAGGGGCAAAAAGAUGAAAGGUCAGUAGAGAAGGCAAGCUCCUCCAAGGAUAAGGAUGACUAUAUGGUCUCUGCACAAGAGGCCGAAAGGAACAAACUCGUAUUUUUUGAGGGAUGUAUAUAUACAUUUGAUUUGGAGGACCUUCUUAGGGCGUCGGCUGAAGUUUUGGGGAAGGGAAGUGUUGGAACAACUUACAAGGCAGUAAUGGAAGAUGGCACUACUGUUGUUGUGAAGCGACUGAAAGAUGUGGUAACUGGACGCAGAGAGUUUGAGCAGCAAAUGCAAAUGGUGGGAAGGGUUCGCCAUAGAAAUUUGGUUGCUUUGAGGGCCUUCUACUACUCUAAAGAUGAAAAGCUCAUUGUCUAUGAUUAUAUGCCGGCUGGCAGUUUAUCAGCUCUUCUGCAUGGUGGGAGAGGUGCGGGAAGGGUUCCUUUGGAUUGGGUUACACGGGUAAAGAUAGCCUUGGAUGCAGCAAGAGGCGUGGCUCAUAUUCAUGAAGAAAAACUGAGCCAUGGAAACAUUAGAUCUUCUAACAUCCUGCUUAGUGCUGACAUGGAUGGAUGUAUAUCUGACUUUGGUGUAGCUCCUUUGACAAGCAUACCUACUGCUUCCACUCGCAUUGCAGGAUACAGAGCUCCAGAGGUAAUGGAAACAGGCAAAGUCUCACAGAGGGCUGAUGUUUAUAGCUUUGGGGUUCUGCUCCUGGAGCUUCUCACAGGUAAAGCUCCAACUCAGGCUUCCAUGAACGAGGAGGUCAUUGAUUUGCCAAGAUGGGUUCAGUCAGUGGUCCGUGAGGAGUGGACAGCCGAAGUAUUUGAUGUGGAACUGAUGAGGUAUCAUAAUAUCGAAGAGGAGAUGGUCCAAAUGUUACAGAUUGCCAUGGCCUGUGUUGUUAGAAUGCCUGAUCAGAGGCCCAAAAUGUCAGAGGUGGCUAGGAUGAUUGAGGAAGUCAGACAAUUUGAUACAGAAAACAGACCAUCUUCUGAAGACAAAUCCAAUAAUCAAACUCCCUCUGAUAGGAACACACCUGGUGUUACACCUUAAAAUCUUAUAUUCUGCUGCAUUCCUUAUUCUUAAUGCAUCACAUAUUUAACAGAGGAUUGCAGCCUGCGCUUUCCUUCUCAGGACUCUUCCUACAUAAUCAUUAAACAGUAACACUGGUAUUUUUGUCCACUGCAAAUAUUUUGCAAGGACGUCUGAUUUAUCAAUUUAUUUGUUAGUGAAAAGAGCUCUCAGCAUUGUGUCUCAAUGCAGCUGAGUUCAAAAAUUCAUUGGAUGUGAUUUGUUGACAUUGAAUAAGAGGCAUUAUGAGUUUGAAUUUGCCAGUAGGAGUUCCAUGAGAGGUGUGCUGUGAAGGAACAUUCAAUAUGCAGAUUUGUAAUUAAUUGUAGCACAAGCAACAUGGAUUGUUUCUAAGUAAUUUGUAAAAUGUUUCCUUGUUAUUUUUGACUGCCUUUUCAAAUGUAAUUGAUGCAUACGAUUCAAUACAAGUUGUUUCGAUCCAAGGCCUCUUCUGAGUAUUAUCUA